AAAAGUCAAAACACUUGUGCCACUCGGAGAUGGGAUAUGUAGGUACGAGGUACAUGGGUAACAAAACGUGUCCCGGACGGCCGCCACCACAUGAUGCCGACACGCGCGUCUUGGAGGCGUCAUCAUGGACGCGUUCAACCUUUGCUGGCUGCAUUGUACCUGAAUGUACGGGCUACCGGGUGCGCGUCGGCAACAGUGUUUGACGCAGAGGGAGGCAGAAAGGGGUUGGCGUGCCAACGAAUUCGCCCAUUGUAAGUUCGCGGGCGCUGCUGGGCCAUGGGAGAGAAAAACAAUGGGCCGCCGCCGUAACUACCGCAAGCGCGACUCCCGACUCGACGACGACCCAAGCGUGAAUUGGCCGUGCUUCGGGGCAUCGCAUUCCGGACGACCUCGCAAAGCCCACUCGCCUGCGUCCAGCUACAAUCGCACCGACGUCCUCGGCAGAGCUCGUGCUCACCAGCUGCGCAACUCGAUACGCCCUCGCGCCCUGUCCGAUGCCUCCUCGGGCGGCAACUGUGACUGCUCCCGCUCACGCUUUAUCAAAACCCUCCCGCCUCUGAACCACCAUCAUCGGAAGGCAUCGUGAACUCCAGACAAAAGACUUUGAAGAAGAAGAGGACUGACUGUCCGCGGGCGUUGGCGAGGCGAACCGAACCGAACCCCCAACCAGGCCGGCAGGCAUGCCCGCGCCGCCGCAUCCAGCUCUCCCCGGGGCUGCCGAGCCCGUCCACGCCGCGCGCUUCGACCCCUGGAACUCGUCAUCGACGGGCCACCAGCGCGGCGACCGUCGCCCGGGCACCUCGUGGCGUGACGCGCGCACGCGCAAGGUCAACUCCCAGUUCCGUAGCGGCGGCGGCGGCGAUGAUGAUGCUAGUGAUGGCGGCCAGUCGUCACCGUCACCGCUCGGUCAGGGGCGACGCAGCGUCGCCGAUAUGCUGGCCCGGCCGGGUCUCAUGCGACGGGCCAUGGAGCAGUCCGGCGGCGGCCGCCUCGCGACGGGCCGUGAUGGUAUGUCCACCACUACUGGCACCGGCACCACCAUGGGCCCGUCUGCGACGGCAGGGGACAGCCGACACCAGCAGCAGCACCAACCCGCGAUGACGACGAAGGCAUCGACGACGGACGAGCAAGCCGGUACGGGCACGCACGUCGCCAGGGAGAACAACACCGGGAGCGGCAUCCUCGCCGGCGUGGUCGCGUACGUCAACGGCAGCACGUACCCGCUCGUCUCGGACCACCGGCUACGGCAGCUGCUGGCCGAGCACGGCGCCGCCAUGUCGCUGCACCUCGGCCGCCGGCGCGUCACGCACGUCAUCCUAGGCCGUCCCUCGUCCGCCGGCCGCGGCGCCGGCGGCGGGCUGGCUGGCGGGAAGCUGGAGAGGGAGAUUCGCCGCGUGGCCGGCUGCGGCGUCAAGUUUGUCGGCGUGGAGUGGAUCCUGGAAAGUAUCAAGGCCGGUAAGAGGCUCCCCGAAGCGCGCUUUGCCACCCUGAAGAUUGCGCCUCAGGCGCAGGGAAGCGUGUACGGGCUCUUUUCCGGACGGGACGCCGCGGCGUCUCGCAAUGGAGUCUGAUGGCUCUUAUGAGCGUUAGAGAAUAAAGACGGGAACCAGGGAAGGCUGAGGCGCUGGUUGUUCUCUUGAAGGAGAAGUAGGUUCCCAUGAAAAGGUGGUUAUCUCGAGGGGGCGGAUAUUUGACCGAACUGGCCGACCUUUUCUACUGUAACAUGACGGGCGUUUCUUAGGCUGUGGGCUGCGGUUGGACUGGUCAUGGGGAACUGUGUCCCGUGUGUCACGCAUGGCACGAAAGGCUUCUUUUUUGCAUUUGGGGCGGCGUUUUGGGCAGCUUUCCUGGAGCAUCAUCAUGGGCGUACAUCGAGGGGGCUCACGCUUUUGUCACGCAUAGAUAGACGAUAUACGGUUCGCGCCGCUUCUGCUAAGGACACCAAUUCUCAUGCAUCUG